AUGGCAAUCUCGCCACGCAAAAAGACCCAUAUUACUGAAAUCAAUAUUAAAAGUUUUGCAGAAGAUUAUGUAAGUGUUGCUUUUACAAAUAUAUCUGUACGAUUCAAUUUAGACGAUUAUAAUUGUCCACUUAAUUUAUACGAUUACGUUUGUAAUGGAGUAAGAUAUCAUGCUUUUAAUGAGACGACUGUGUAUAUAGGAAAUCUAAAACAUUACGAAAGUUAUCCAAUUUAUGUUAAAAAGGAUGGAGUAACACUAUUCACAUAUUGUCAUAAAACAGAAGCAUCAGAUCCCAGUGAAGUACAAAAUUUAAAAAUAAUAGAUGCAACGGAUUCAUCAAUUUCAUUAUCAUGGAUGGUACCAAAAUAUCCUAAUGGUAUACUUCAAUACGUCGUGGAAUAUAAUCUUUAUAAAUAUAACUUUUGUAAGGAAUAUCUUGGAUUUGAUGAAAGGCCAAGUUUGGCAAUAACAACAAAUAAUACAAGCAUAACAUUGCAAAAGUUACUUCCAUAUACUGAAUAUCAGAUUACGGUAAGCGCAAUCACUGGCGAAAACAUGAAGAGCAGGAGAAUAUACGAAUGGGCCAACACUUCAGAGAGUGCUCAAUUGGACGAUAUUUCCGAAAUUUGGGUAGACACAACGAGGCCCUCAGCUUACGAAAUACAAGGAAAUAUAAAGCUUCAAGUAAAUUCCUGUGAGAAAAUCAAAGGCACAUUUUGUUAUAAAAUAAUAUGUAAUGGAACCAAUGUUUGGGAUUUAAGAGGUUUUGUACAAGAUGGUAAUUUUACUUCCAACAACAAUAUUAGUCAUAAUGUAUUGGUUACGGAAUUCUUAUUUGGAGCAAAACACAGAUUGAUUCCCUUCUCAAAGUACAAUUUGAAUGUAACAAUAUUUCGAUGUCAAAAUCCUCGUAGUAGUUACAAAAUGAUUUCAACAACGUACCAAACAUCAGCACAAGCACCUCCUCCAAUAAUAUUUGCGGAAAUAUAUGCCAAUGACCAAAGUAAGAUACAUUUGCGAUGGAAACAACCAUAUCCUCCUUUUGGUGAACUUGAGAUGUAUAUUUUACGUAAUCCAAGAUUUAAUUCAAUAGAAAUAAUUGAAAAACCAAAACCAUGUAAACUUUGGGAAGGUUAUAUAUGCCACGAAUAUUCAAGAACUAAAUAUUGGCCCCAGAUUGCGAUCAAAAACAAAGGUGUUGAGACAUUCAGUCCAUAUACCUUCUUCAAGCGUUGCGAUGAUGGCAUUCCAUCAGAACCUAGAAAUUUAAGCGUAAGUUUAGGCAACAAUAUGCAAUUAGAAGUGACAUGGCUGCAUCCACUGUAUCCUAGAAGCAGUACACUUUCUAUAUUUGAUUUAAAAUUGGAUAACAAAACUAUUGAGAAGAAAUCUUUUGGAAAUAAAAAAGAAUAUAAAUACCCGAUCACAAAUUGGGCUAACUAUUGUGGGAAAUCUAUAUCUAUAUCAAUAUCUGCUGUAAAGGAAAAUAAUCAAGAAAUAUAUAGUGUUCCAGCAUCUACUUAUUAUUUACUACCGUCGUGUGAGAAUUUGAUAGUUGAAAUUCCAGACACUGAAGUGUUAAAAAAAUUUCUGAACAAUUCAUUAAUAAUAAGGAUUCCAACAGAAAAUUAUACGCAAUACACCAGUAAUUUAGUUAUAUUAGCCAGGUCAGAAAAUGCAGAUAAAAUUCCCAAUUUUAAGUUCGAUAACUGUUCGUCGUUUGUUAAAUAUCAAAAUUUAAUAUUUAAUAAAAUAACCAAACAAGUUGUAAAAGUUAAGAAUGCUGAACGUUGUUGGAAUAUAUCGGUAAAGCAAAAUCGUAUAGAAGAGUGGAUAAUUUAUAAUAAGACCAACCAUACACUUAAAGAAACAUCAUCCAUUAAUGUGGAUUUAUUUAUUAUGAAUUCACGUGAUCAAUCUUAUCAUUAUGUGAUAAGAGACUUUAAAUUAAAAGCUGAUGUUUCACCAAGUGAUGAUAAAAGUAACUUAAUGAUAUGGGCAUUGAUUUUAGUUAUAAUUAUCAUUAUUUUGGUGUUAACUACUAUUUGGUACAGGAGAAAUAUUCCUACCAAAAUUAAUGAAUUUUUAUCCAAAUUAAAUUCUCAAUUUGAAGAUAAUCAAUCAUAUAAUUCACAAAUGAUUCCCUUAACACAAAGUGUAAAAACAUUAUCGCUGCCACGUAAUACACUGGAUGUUAAGAAAUUUAUUGAUGCAAAGAAAAUUAUUGCAAAUCCUAUUCAUAUUUCAAGUUUUAAGCAAUACGUUAAAGAAGCACUUGAAACAGGCGAAUUAGAACGACAGCAUAAGUUAUUUGUACGAGGCCAAACAAAACCAUGGAAUUAUGGCGUACGGCCAGAAAAUAAACAUAAGAAUCGAUAUUCAAAUUUAAUUGCAUAUGAUGAAACACGUGUGAUAUUACAAAAAAUUGAUGAUGAUCCAUUUUCUGAUUACAUAAAUGCAAAUUACAUCGAUGGUUAUGAACAUGAAAGAGCUUAUAUAGCCACUCAAGGACCAAAAGCACAAACACUUAAUGAUUUCUGGCGUAUGAUUUGGCAAGAAGGAUCGAUAUUUAUUAUUAUGUUAGCAAAUAUUCGAGAAUCGGGUAAAAAAAAAUGUGAGCAAUAUUGGCCAAAUAUUAACCAAGAAAUUGUUUAUGGGGACAUAAGUGUAAUCCAAGAAGAUAGUACUAUGUAUGCUGAUUAUGUUUGCAGAAAGUUUAAAGUUACUUUAAACGGUGAAUCACGACAGGUAGAACAAUUCCAUUUCGUUUCUUGGCCAGAUCAUGGUGUGCCAAUGUAUGCAAAAUCCUUAUUACCAUUAGCAAGAAAACUUCAUAGCAUUCCAUAUGAAACUCCCAUUGUAAUUCAUUGCAGUGCGGGAGUUGGACGAACGGGUACAAUUAUUUUGAGUGAUAUCAUGUUUCGAAUGGCAAGUAAAGUAGAGCAAGUAGAUGUUUUGUAUUAUUUAAAACAAAUACGAGAUCAACGCCCAAAUUUAGUCGAUAACAGUGAUCAAUAUAUACUGGUACAUUUAAUUAUUAUUGAAGGUUUGUUAACACAACAAACAAAUAUUCCGUGUGAAAAAUUAGAACAGAGAUUUGAAACUCUAUUAGAAGGAGACUAUAUAGCAAAACAAAUGGCGCAAAUUGAUGAAUGUAGAUGGAUGAAUUAUGGAAUGUCAAAACCAUCUCAGCGUGUAACUUUCAAUGAUAAUACAAAAGAAAAGAAUCGCUUUUCUGACAUUGUUCCAAUAUAUACUAAUGAUUUAAUAUACCUUACACCUCAAAGGGAUGAGGAAGGUUCUGAAUAUAUAAAUGCUGUAUUUGUCGAUGGUUAUAGACGUAAAGAAAAAUUUAUUGUUACGCAACAGCCUUUACCAAAUACCUUGGGAGAUUUUUGGAGAUUAGUUGUGGAACAAGAUAUCAAAUUCAUUGUGUCAUUAAAUAAAUUCAAUCCAAACAAUGAAACAGUAGCUGACAUUUGCCCACCAGUAAAUUGUGAAAUAUGUCCAAUGCCGUAUUUAAAAAUUAAGUACAUUAGUCUCGAUGCUUUUACAACAUUGCUAAUAAUUACAAAUUAA